AUGAGAUAGACAUUGUAAGUCUUUUUAGUUUUAUUUUCAACUUUUGCAAUUAUUAAUUGUCUUAAUAAUGGCCUCGCUUUAACACCUGCUAUGGGUUGGAAUUCAUGGAACCACUUUCAUUGUGAUAUUAAUGAAGACUUGAUCAAAUAGACAGCAGAUGCUAUUGUUAGCUCAGGAUUAGCUGAUGCAGGAUAUAAAUAUGUCAAUCUUGAUGAUUGCUGGCAAAUUUCAAGAGAUUCUGAAGGAUACAUUCAAGAAGAUAAAGCUAAAUUCCCUUCAGGAAUAAAGGCAUUGGCUGAUUAUGUUCAUAGCAAAGGCUUGAAAUUCGGUCUUUAUAGUGAUGCUGGUGACUUCACUUGUGAACACAGACCUGGCUCUCUUGGCUACGAAGUGAAAGAUGCUGAGAGAUAUGCAGAAUGGGGAGUUGACUACUUGAAGUACGAUAAUUGCUACAAUAAUAAUAUUCCUCCUCAAGUCAGAUAUCCUCCUAUGAGAGAUGCCCUUAAUUCUACUGGUCAUCCUAUUUAUUUCUCUAUGUGUGAAUGGGGAGAAUAAGAUCCCGCAACUUGGGCCCCUGAAGUUGGAAAUUCAUGGAGAACAACUGGAGAUAUCUCAGAUAACUAUGAUUCCUUCCUAAGCAUUCUUGAAUAACAAGUUGGUUUAGAGAAGUAUGCCCAUCGCGGUGCUUGGAAUGAUCCAGAUAUGCUUGAAGUUGGUAAUGGAGGUAUGACUACUUAAGAAUAUGAAGCUCAUUUUGCUCUUUGGGCUUUAUUAAAAGCUCCUCUUUUGAUUGGAUGUGAUGUAAAUAACAUGUCCCCUGAUACCUUUAGAAUUCUUUCUAAUUAAGAAAUAAUCGCAAUUAACUAAGAUCCUCUAGGAAUUUAAGGAAGAAGAGUUUUGAAGACAGAUUAAUAUUAACUCUGGAUUGGCACAAUAGUAGAUGGUAUAGCAGUUAUCCUCUUCAACACUUCUUCCUAAGAUAGUGACUUAUCCUUUACCUUCGAGCAAAUUGGUAUUACAGGAUAAGCUAUCAUCAGAGAUUUAUACAAGCACUAAGACUUAGGAAAGUUUUCAAAUUCUUUCUCAACAAAUGUACCCACUCAUGGAGUUGCUGUACUUAAAGUUGUCCCUCUUUCAUUUGCUUAUUGA